AUGUCGGAAGCUGUUGCUAAAGGUGAAGAUGUGCUGCUUAGAGAGGCAGUUUCCAAGUUCGUCUCCACAUACAAUAGGAAGCCGACAGCGGCUGCUGCAGCCCCCGGUAGGGUCAAUCUCAUUGGGGAGCACGUAGACUAUUGUGAAGGGUUCGUGCUGCCUGUGGCGUUACCAUUUUUCACUGUUGUGGUGGGUUCAUACAAUUCCACUGAUGAGUGUAGGGUCCUGUCAAUCCUAGCCAGUGGACAAGAGGUCCAGACCAGCUUCCCUUCAACAGAAUCAUCUUCUUUGCAACCCGGGGAGCCGGGGUGGGCUAACUAUGUAAAGGGCGUGCUGGCCAAUUUUCCAGAAAAGGUGAAAGGUUUCGACUCAGUUAUAGUAUCAGACGUGCCAAUGGGUUCUGGCGUUUCCAGUAGUGCUUCAUUGGAAGUAGCUUUCUUCACGUUCCUAGAAGACCUUACUAAGACCACGGUUGAUCCAGUCAAAAAGGCUCAGUUGUGUCAGAAAGCUGAACAUGAUUUUCCUGGAAUGCCGUGCGGUAUUAUGGAUCAGUUCAUAGUGACUCUUGGAAAAAAAGAUCACGCAUUACUAAUAGAUUGCAGGUCAUUAGAGUCUAAGCAGGUACCAAUGAAGUGUUCAGACGUCGUUCUGUUGGUGGUGAAUUCUAAUGUGAAGCAUCAGUUAACUGGAAGUGAAUACCCUCAGAGGAGAGCGCAGUGUCAGCAGGCCGCUGAUGAAUUGGGGAAACCGUCCUUAAGGAGCGCCACCGUUCAAGAUCUUGCACAACUGAAAUGCGAGGAAAUAGUUCUGAAACGUGCUAAGCACGUUGUCGAAGAGAUCGCCCGGACCGAGUUAGUCGCACAACUUUUAGAGAAGAAAGAUUAUAAGGAGGUAGGGCGUCUGUUCUAUCAGUCCCACGAGUCUCUGAGCAAGCUGAUGGAGGUUUCUUGUCCCGAGUUAGACCAGCUCGUUGAUAUCAUGAGGUCAUCGGACGGAGUCUUCGGCGCCAGAAUGACGGGCGGCGGCUUCGGUGGAUGCGUCAUAGCCUUAGUAAAAAAGGAAUACUUGCCAUCUAUAAAGAGCAAGGUCCGGGCGGAGUACAAAGGUAAGCCAGUGUUCUUUGAGUGCGAGCCGAGUGACGGUGCAAGAAUAUUGAAACUAGAAUAA